AUGUCUGAGGUGUCGGUGAUAAACCAGGCGGAGGUGGAGGAUGUGGGUGCCGGGCAGCUGUACCUGCCGCCGGGCUUCCGCUUCCACCCCACCGACGAGGAGAUCAUCUCGCACUACCUCACCCACAAGGCCCUCAACCACCGCUUCAUCUCCGGCGUCAUCGGCGAGGUCGACCUCAACAAGUGCGAGCCAUGGGACCUCCCAGGCAGGGCCAAGAUGGGGGAGAAGGAGUGGUACUUCUUCUGCCACAAGGAUCGCAAGUAUCCGACGGGCACGCGGACCAACCGCGCCACCGAGACCGGCUACUGGAAGGCCACCGGCAAGGACAAGGAGAUCUUCAGGGGCCGCCGCGUCCUCGUGGGCAUGAAGAAGACGCUCGUCUUCUACCGCGGCCGCGCCCCGCGCGGGGAGAAGACGGGCUGGGUCAUGCACGAGUUCCGCCUUGAGGGCAAGCUUCCGCAGCCGCUCCCGCGCUCCGCCAAGGACGAGUGGGCCGUGUGCAAGGUGUUCAACAAGGAGCUGGCGGCGAGGACCGAGCCAAUGGCGGCGGCGGCCGGCGCGGAGCUCGAGCGCGUCGGGUCGCUGGGCUUCCUCAACGAGCUCCUCGACUCCGCGGAGCUGCCGGCCCUCAUCGGCGCCGACGUGGACGAGGUGAUCGACUUCAAGGGCCCCGCGUCCACCUCCGGCCACGCCGGCGCGCCGGGCACGAGCUACCUUCCGGCGAAGAUGGAGGAGCACGCGCUGCUGCAGAUGCAGUACCAGCAGCAGCAGCCGCCGCCCCCGUUGUUCUACUCGAGCCAGUACUUCUCGCUGCCGGCGAUGAACUCCGGCGACCUCCCCCCGGCGAUCCGGAGGUACUGCAAGGCGGAGCAGCAGGUGGUCUCGUCGGGGCAGACGGCGUCGGUGGUCAGCCCGUCCCGCGAGACCGGGCUCAGCACCGACCCCAACGCGGCAGGCGGCUACGCGGAGAUCUCGUCGGCGGUGACCCCGUCGUCGUCGUCGCACCAGUUCCUGCCCGAGCUGGAUGACCCGGUCCUGAACCUCGCCGACCUCUGGAAGUACUGA